UUGAGUGGGUGGCUGAAGAGCUGAUUUGUGUCAACAGUUGGACAGCAAAGAGUUCCUAUGGGAUUGAUCUCUUGGGAAGGAUAAUCUGGCUAAUCUUGUAACCAGGGUUGAUGGACUCCGCCUCUUUUUGCGCUCCUCUGAUCCCCCCAGUCCCUCUGCUGCCUCCUCCUCCUUUUCACCAUUCCUAAAAAGUAGCACGCAUCCAGAGUGUCCGCCUCAGAGUUUCCGUUGGUCAGCGCAUAGUCACUGGAGUCCGACGCUGAGGACGGCGACUGGCGCCCUGCCAGUGGCUCGCUCGCACCUGGAGGCAUGUGGCAACCUGCGCCAUCACCUGCAGCUGGAGGUGGCGCUGGGAGGGAGCUGGGUUAUGGCCACUAUUCUACUGGGCCAAUGAGCACGGCCCAUUCUCACCCCCACGCCCAGCAAAUGGGCGGCAUGGUGGGCCACCCGUCGGUCAUCAGCAACUCCAGACACUUGCCGUCGCCCAUCUCCACCAUGGGCUCGCCUAUGAACGGCCUGGCCUCACCUUACUCCGUCAUCACCUCGUCUCUGGGCUCGCCCGCCGUAUCGCUGCCGUCCACGCCCAACAUGAACUUCGGACCGCUCGGGAGUCCGCAGAUGAACUCUAUGAACAAUGUCAGCAGCUCUGAGGACAUCAAGCCCCCGCCGGGCCUGCAGAACCUGGGUGGCAUCAACUACCAGUGCCCGAGCCCGGGAGGCAUGUCGAAGCACAUCUGCGCCAUCUGCGGGGACCGCUCCUCAGGGAAACACUACGGCGUUUACAGCUGCGAGGGUUGCAAAGGCUUUUUCAAGAGGACCGUGCGCAAAGAUCUCACCUACACUUGUCGAGACAGCAAAGAGUGCCUGAUCGACAAGCGCCAGCGCAACCGCUGCCAGUAUUGUCGCUACCAGAAGUGCCUUGCCAUGGGCAUGAAAAGAGAAGCGGUACAGGAAGAGAGGCAGCGUGGGAAAGAGCGCGGGGAGAACGAGGUGGAGUCGACUAGCAGUUUCAACGACGAGAUGCCCGUGGACAAGAUCCUGGACGCCGAGCUGGCGGUGGAGCCCAAAACGGAGACGUGCUCCGACGGCAGCCCCGGGAACUCGACAAACGACCCCGUCACCAACAUCUGCCAAGCAGCGGACAAGCAGCUCUUCACUUUAGUGGAGUGGGCCAAGAGGAUCCCCCACUUUUCCGAGCUCCCCCUUGAUGACCAGGUCAUCCUUUUACGAGCAGGUUGGAACGAGCUGCUCAUCGCGUCCUUUUCUCAUCGCUCAGUGACGGUGAAAGACGGCAUCCUGCUGGCCACGGGCCUCCACGUGCACAGGAGCAGCGCCCACAGCGCCGGAGUGGGCUCCAUUUUUGACAGAGUCCUGACAGAGCUCGUGUCCAAAAUGAAGGAUAUGCAGAUGGAUAAAACCGAGUUGGGCUGCUUGCGAGCCAUCGUCCUCUUCAACCCAGAUGCAAAAGGCCUGUCCAACCCAACGGAGGUGGAGGCACUGAGAGAAAAGGUCUACGCCUCACUGGAGUCCUACACCAAACACAAAUACCCGGACCAGCCGGGCAGGUUCGCCAAGCUGUUGCUCCGCCUGCCAGCGUUGCGCUCCAUCGGCCUCAAGUGCUUGGAGCACCUUUUCUUUUUCAAGCUGAUCGGGGACACGCCCAUCGACACCUUCCUCAUGGAGAUGCUGGAGGCGCCGCAUCAGAUCACAUGACCCCUGUCAAAUCCCCCCUCUUGUAAAUAGCCCUUGUCAGCGACGUGGAGGUGGAUUGGGAGGGGAAAAGGAUGCUGAAAUUGUAAAGUUGAACAUUUUAUAACGAUUCCAAAAGAAAAAAAAGAAACAUUGUAAUUAAAUCCGAAACGCUAUUUCAAGGCUGCAGUGAGGACUGACUACAAGCGCCACAGUGAAUUUUUUUUUGUAAAUAGGACAUUGCAGGUGUCUGUUUCGAAGCCGAAACCCGGUGCUUUUGAGAAAGAAUCAGAUUUUAUUCAUAGAGUAAUUGUACAAAACAACAUUUCUUAAAACACAUUUGAAUAUUCUUACAGAAUAAAGUUAUUAGGAAAUACA